AGUGCCUGUGCGCUUUUAUUUAUUUAUUUUUUGGUCCGGUGGGUUAAUGGAUUUUUAGGACAAAGAAAACUAAAACCAAGCUGACCAGAAAGACUGGAAUUUCAGCUCUCCCUCUCUUUCUCUCCUUCACUGGAUUUACCCCUCACCCCUCAAAACCCUUUUAAGACCAGAGAUUACUGGGUCAGUGACUCUUAUUAUCCCUCCUGCUCCAAGAUCAUCUUGUCUUUAAGCAUUGAAAGGAAUAUCACUACCUGAUUAGAAAAGCACUCAGAAAGUCCAUUAAUCUUUCUGGCGUUGUCAGGAUUGAUCAGCGAGUUUUAUUAAAAAAAAAAAAAAAGCUCCAGGAUUUCUUGAAAGGCCUCAUUCUCCAGAUUUCAAGAAGGGGGAGCCUACAGCAAUCUCUGUGCAUGUCGUCUGGAUUCUUCUCCUAGCCUAGCCCUUUGGAGUAUGUGUUGAUGGUCCCAAAGGAGAAAGGGAAGCCUUCUUUUGUUUAAGCCUUUUUCCUGGAAGGAAGCUCGUGACCCCCUGAUAACAUGAACCUUCUUGGAUCCAGUGGAGUGUUUCUCUGCCUGCUGCUUGUCCUGCAAGGCACCAGCUCAUCCUUCAUCAGUGUCAACCACGGGGUGAAGGUGGCGAAGGGCCGCUCUGCUUUUCUGUCACGGGAGGACCUGCAGUUUUCUAUACCCAAGGAAAAAGAUGCCUGCAAAGUGGAAGUUGUGAUGAAUGAACCAAUAACCCAGAGGGUUGGGAAACUCACUCCUCAGGUAUUUGACUGUCAUUUCCUUCCUAAUGAAGUAAAGUACACUCAUAAUGGUUGCCCAAUCCUAAAUGAAGAUGCUAUUAAGCUUAGACUGUACAGAUUUACAGAAACUGAAACCUUCACAGAAACUUUUAUUCUUCGGGUUUAUCUCCUGGAGCCCGACUGUAGCAUCGUCCGGAUGAGCACCAGGGCACUGGAGGUGCCUGAGGUCUAUGGCCUAUCCAGAGCAAUCGAUAAGAAUGUGAUCAGUUUUGAUUAUGAGAGGAGGGUGAAUCUGGAAUGCACCAUAAGGCUUUCUCCAUUAGAAACUGGCCUACCAGCCCACGGUCAGGUUGUUGUUGUGGAACCGCAACAAGGAGAACCGCGAGGAGACCAGCCCCACAGCUUUUUCCCUGAGUCCCAAUACAGGAAAGAUCCAAGGUGCCUUAGUGGAAGCUGUGCCCAAGGGUUGAAGAAAAUUGAUAGUCUCAAAGUCAGCUGUGAGGAGUUCCUGCUAAUGGGGUUACGAUAUCAGCACCUGCAACCCCCUUCUCCGAAUGUUGAUUAUAUAUCCAUCAGACUGGACCUCACUGAUAUCAGGAGUAAAUCCAUAUACAAGUCAGAGAGUAUGUGGUUGCCUAUCUCCAUCGAAGCCGCCUUUCCCAAUCAGAUCCCCAGGGCUGCAUUCAUGCCUGCUUACAUCCUGGAGGCAGAUCAGUUCAUCCUGAGCUCUGUCACCACCUCAACUGUGGACUGUGAAGAUGAUGAGACACCCAAAUCUUUGCUGGUGUUCAACAUCACCAAGCCUCCUCUCCAAGGGUAUUUCACACACCUGUUGGAUCACACCAAAGAGAUCUCCUCAUUCACUUGGAAAGAUCUAAGUGACAUGCAGAUUGCUUAUCAGCCUCCCAACAGCAGUCACACACAGAGGAGAAAUUAUGAGGUGGAGUUUGAAGUAUACGACUUCUUCUUCGCAAAGAGCUUACCAAUCACAGUCCAUAUCUCUAUCAGAACAGCAGACACGAAUGCUCCUCGAGUGUCAUGGAACAUGGGUCUCAACCUUCUGGAGGGACAGUCGAGGCCCAUUACCUGGGAGCAGUUUCAGAUAGUAGACAAUGAUGACAUCAGUGCAGUCCGCCUGGUCACUGUUGAUGGUUUACAGCAUGGGCGACUUACUGUAAGAGGAGGGAAAGGCUUCCUUUUCACUGUAGCUGACAUUCACGCUGGGGCUGUUCGCUACCAUCAUGAUGACAGUGACUCCACCAAGGACUUUGUGGUCUUCAGGAUUUUUGAUGGCCACCACAGCACUCGCCACAAGUUUCCCAUCAAUAUCCUGCCUAAAGAUGACAGCCCCCCUCUCCUCAUAACCAAUGUUGGGAUUGAACUAGACGAGGGACAGACUGUGCUCAUCCAAGGCUCCAUGCUGAAAGCUUCUGACAUGGACUCCAGUGACGACUACAUUUUCUUUAAUAUCACUAACCCUUCCCAGGCUGGGGAAAUCAUCAAGAAGCCAGGGCCAGGACUCAUUGGCUAUCCAGUCCCUGGUUUUCUUCAGAGAGAUCUCUUUAAUGGGAUCAUCUACUAUCGACACUUUGGUGGAGAAAUAUUUGAGGAUUCCUUUGAAUUUGUCCUGUGUGAUAGCCACGAUCCUCCCAACCUCUCAGAACCACAGAUAGUGGUGAUACACAUCACUCCAGUGGAUGAUGAGCUCCCAAAAGAGGUUCCUGGAGUGAUUCGGCAUUUGGUUGUCAAGGAAACAGAGGUGGCUCAUCUCACUAAGAAGCAUCUUCAUUUUGUGGAUACAGAAUCUCAUGAUGGGGAGCUUCUCUACACAAUAACAAGACCUCCAUUUUUCUCCUUCAGUUAUGGUGACUCUGAUGCUGGGAAACUCUUUAUGGUGGACAGCAUAUCAAAGCCAGUCAAGGAUCCCACAGCUCCGGGACUGAGAUCAUUCACUCAGCAUGCUGUAAACCACAUGAAAGUGGCCUACAUGCCGCCCAUGGAAGACAUAGGACCCCAUCUCCAGCAUGUUCACUUUGUUUUUUCCAUCAGUAACCAACAUGGCGGCACUCUGCAUGGAAUUUGCUUUAACAUUACUAUUCUCCCUGUGGAUAAUCGAGCUCCUGAGGUAUUCACCAACUCACUGCAAGUAGAGGAGGGAGGUCUGUGUAUCAUCACAACAGAGCACAUUCUGAUUUCAGACAUGGAUACGAAGCAGGACAAACUCAGACUGUCCCUCCAGAGACUACCACUGCACGGAAUGGUGGAAAUGGAUGGUUUUCCUCUAAGCCACAGAGACACAUUUUCAUGGGCAGACCUCCAUGCAUUAAAAGUUAGGUAUCAUCAUGAUGGAUCAGAGGUUCUUUAUGACAACAUACUCUUUGAGGCAACAGAUGGAACAAAUUCUGCAGAAUUUGUCCUUCAGGUCAAGGUUUUACCAGUAAAUGAUGAACCCCCUGUCCUGAAGGCUGACCUCAUUCCCAUCAUACAUUGCCCUGAGGGAGAGGAAGUGGUCAUCACUUCAGAACAUGUUUAUGCUACUGACAUGGACAGCGAUGACACCAAGCUCAAGUUUAUGAUUGCACGUCAGCCUUAUCAUGGGGUUGUAAGGAAAUCUGGGAUCACUGUGGAUCAGUUCACACAGGCAGACAUCGAUGCUGGAACGGUAACAUACAAGCACACAAGUGGAGAAAUUGGUGUGGCCCCUUGUUUUGACACCGUUACUUUGGUGGUUUCGGAUGGAGAAACUGGUCCUUACGACUGUUGCUACCAAAAGCCCAUUUCUCCUUCACUUCCACUUCACCGUUCUUUUCCAGUGUAUGAUCUCAAUGUGACCGUGUACCCUGUGGACAACCAACCACCAACUAUUACAACUGGUACCCAGUUUGUUGUUGAUGAGGGCUCUUUGGCUGCCAUUACCAUUAACCAUUUAAUCACCACUGACCCUGACACAGACAUGGAUGCCCUAGAGUUUGCUUUGGUUUCUCCUCCCCAAUUUGGUUAUGUUGAAAACAUCCUACCUUCACCAGGUUUUGAAAAAAGCAAUAUUGGCAUAAGCGUAGCUUCAUUUCGGUGGAAAGACAUGAAGGCUCUGCACAUAAACUAUGUGCAGUCCAAGCAUCUGAGGAUAGAACCAACUGCAGAUCAAUUUAUGAUUUACGUCACAGAUGGAAAACAACAUUCUGUGGAAAUCCCUUUUUACAUUCAGAUUAAUCCCACCAAUGAUGAAGUUCCUGACUUUGUGGUACAGAACAUCAGUGUUUCUGAGGGGCAGAUGAAAGAGCUGGAUCUUUCAGUCAUCAAAGCAACUGACUUAGACAUACCAAAAGAUCAUUUGACGUUCACUAUUACCCACAGACCACAGCAUGGCCUCCUCAUCAAUGGGGUACAUAGAAAUGACAUUCCUCAUUACAAGCAGUUAAUCAGUAUCCACCAGAACCAUGAACUUCCUGUGCAUGAUUUUUCAAUGGAGCUUCUCCAAACUGGAAUGAAAUUGAUGUACAUACAUGAUGACUCUGAAAACCUUGCUGAUGACUUUACAGUCCAGUUGUCAGAUGGGAAACAUAAAAUCUUGAGAACUAUUUCAAUAAAGAUCCUACCUGUUAAUGAUGAGAAACCAAUGCUGACCAAGAAGGCUGAAAUAGAAAUGAAUAUGGGUGAAACCCGUAUUAUUUCUAGUGCUAUUCUAUCAGCUACAGAUAAAGAUACUCCUAGAGAGAAAAUUUAUUAUUUAUUUGAAAGACUCCCAGAAAAUGGGCAGCUUCAGCUCAAGACAGGGAGGAGCUGGGUACCUCUUCAACCCGGCAUGAAAUGUACUCAGGAGGAAGUGGAUCUGAAUUUUGUGAGAUACAUCCAUACUGGGGCAAUGGGCUCCCAGAACCAAGAUAGCUUCACGUUUCAUCUCUGGGAUGGAGUCAACAGGUCACCCAUGCUGGACUGUCACAUCAGCAUCAAGGACAUCGAAAAGGGGGAUAUUGUGGUCUUGACCAGACCACUGGUAGUGUCUAAAGGGGACAGAGGUUUCUUAACCACCUCUACCCUUUCAGCUACUGAUGGAACGGAUAAACCCAAAGAGCUUCUUUUUGUAAUCACCUCCCCACCCCAGUAUGGCCAGAUGGAAUGCAUCAGCUAUCCUGGAGUCCCCAUCACAAGCUUCAACCAGUUGGAUAUUGCAGGUCAGAAAGUCUGCUAUGUACACAAAAGCAAGGCGGCUGUUCCCAGUGACAUGUUCAGAUUCGUCGUGAGCAAUGGACUAAGGACAAAGCACGGAGUGUUUGAGAUCAUGCUGGAGACUAUUGACCAAGCCUUGCCUGUGGUGACCAGGAACAAGGGGUUAAGAAUAAUGGAAAGUGCCAUGGUGCUCCUCUCUCCAGACAUCCUUCAACUUUCUGACCCAGACACUCCAACAGAAAACCUUACCUUCCUCUUGUCCCAGCUCCCCAAGUAUGGAAAGCUCUAUCUUCAGGGGAUGCUUCUCACACAUCCUAAUUUCACACAACAAGAAGUGGACAACAUGAAUGUCGCCUACAGGCACCUGGGAGGAAACUCACAGAUUGACCAGUUUACCUUUACGGCUACUGACAGGACAAAUCAAGGGUUUAUUGUGGAUGGAAGAGUGCUGAAUGAACCUGUGUCUUUUACUAUUCAGGUGGACCAGUUGGAUAAAAAGGCUCCACAUAUCAUACAUCUGAAGUACCCUUCCCAAGUGGAACGCCUGAAAAAUGGUUGCUAUGGGAUUUACAUAACGUCUCGAGUGCUGAAGGCAUCUGACCCUGAUACAGAGGACAACCAAAUCAUCUUUAAGAUUUUACGAGGCCCCCAGUACGGACAUCUGGAAAAUACAACAACAGGUGAAUUUAUUCAGGAGAGAUUCAGUCAAAAAGACUUAAACAGUAAAACCAUCCUUUAUGUCAUCAAUCCAUUGUCGGAAAUGAAUUCGGAUAACUUGGAGUUUCAAGUCACAGAUCCCAAUGGAAACACUGCUGCCCCUCAAAUUUUGGAAUUGAAAUGGUCCCACAUUCAAUUGCCUCAGACUGAAUAUGAGGUAUGUGAAAACGUGAACAUAUUGCCACUGAAAAUCAUCAGGACGGGCCAUUCUAUGGAAUCAGCCUUUGUGGGAGUAAAGGUCAACCAAGUAUCAGCUGCAAUUGGAAAAGAUUUCACUGUGAAUCCAUCUAAGCUGGUUCAGUUCGAUCCAGGAAUGUCAACUAAGAUGUGGAAUAUAGCAAUUACCUAUGACGGAUUAGAGGAAGAUGAUGAGGUCUUUGAAGUAAUUCUCAACUCCCCUGUGAAUGCCGUUCUUGGCACAAAGACAAAAGCCAGAGUGAAAAUUUUGGACUCAAAAGGAGGUCAGUGUCGUCAUUCACAUUCCUCUGGUCAAAACCAGUACAGCUCAUGGGGGAAAGGCACAUGGCUCCCACUUUCCCCAGGUUCAUCAUCACCCUCUAUUCUUGGUGGAGUCCAUUUGGAAGGAAGACCCCCUUCAUCUUCCAGAGAGAGAUUAACACCCAGCAGAGGAGACAAGCUUCAGGAAUUUGACUUAACUGAUAUUCCCAGGAAAAGGCUUAGGACAAUAGGAAAUGGGAAAACAGUUCGCCCAUCAUCUGUUUAUAGAAAUGGAACAGAUAUCACUUUUAGAUACCAUGGUAUGGUUGCUGUAAGAGUAGAGGAUGACAGCUCUAUAAUAAACAUGGAGAAGGCCAGAGCGUCUACUAUUAAUCAGAAGCCACAAAAGCAAAGCCGGAAAAAAGAACCCCUGCCGACAGAUAAGGUGGAACAAAUGCCCUAUUUGCACUCCCCCAGUCAGGAGCAGCCACCAUCCUUUCCAAAGAACUGCACAUUAGCAUUAAAGGGACUGUUUCAUUUUGAGGAAAGCCUCCAAAAAUUAUAUCACUGCAAUGGAACUUCAUGGCAGCCUUGGAGUCCAAAAGACAAGGAAGGGAAUGGAAGAACCUGUCCCAUUGGAUGGAGCCAUCAAAACAGACACUGCUAUUCCUUGAUUACAGAGCAGAAGGUCACCUGGAAUGCAGCUGCUCGAGCUUGCAGGGAGCAACAUCAAGGCAACCUUGCGAGUGUGUUUACAAAACAGCAUAUGCAGUGGCUAUGGCACUUCAGUGGAAGAAAGUCGUUCUGGAUAGGUUUGAAUGACCAAGAGACUUCUGGUCACUGGGAAUGGGAUGGAGGUGAACCUGUAACCUUCACAAACUGGAGGAGAGGGGCCCCUCCACAUUUAAAGAAAAGAAAGAACUGUGUUUUGGUCAAAAGAAGGGGAAAGUGGCAAGCUAAAGACUGCAGGAAGGGUAAAGCUCACAACUAUGUGUGUGCCAGGAAAUUAUAAACACAAGUGACAUUGGAGACAUCCACCAGAGCUCCCUCACAAACUGAUUCUUUUUCACAUAGGAUUUUCAGUGUUCGUGAAUUUAUAUGUUUAAAAAAAUCAAUGACUAAGGUUUACUUAGUAAAUUAAUAUCCUGUGGACUAUGAGCAACUUCUGAAAAAAUGAAUUGUGACUGCAAAGUUUGUUCAGUGGUUUCCCUUCUUACCUAUCCUGGUCUCUUGCAAGAAAAGAAGCAUUUUUGUACCUUAUCUUGUCCCUAUAUUCCUUUCCCACCCCAUCCCCGCAAACAAAAGUUGAGUCUUUUGUCAGAUGUAGAAUUUUGCUUAUUUAAGUAGAAACCAUUCCAGGCCUCAGUCAUAGCUGGCUUCUUACUCUCUUAAUGUCUGGCUUAUGGUUUCAAUGCCCAUCACCCCAGUAGAGACUACCAUGAAACCUGUAUUGCAAGUUUCUUCUAAUGAACCUGUCUCUCUCCCAAUUCAGCCCCCAUAAAACCAACUAUACCAGCCAGACAAAAAUUGAAAAACAAUGAGAGAGUUGGAUCUUUUAUCACCUUUAAGAAGGGUGAGGCUGCGAGUGGGGGGUCAAUAGGCUAAAAAGUGGCAGUUCUCAGGGUAAUAAGUAAUAGUUGAAAAGAUAGGCUGUAAAUGGAUGAAUCAUGGUGCAUGUGAUUCUCUGAAAAGUCAGAGUUACUUUGAUCCUGGAUAUGGGUUCAGAUAAGCAUAGAGAUGUCAACAGACUGGCCUGCCAACUCUUUUGGUGAAUCGUACAUCACAUAUCACCCAAGCAGAUCAAUUUUAUGAAAGGAGGGUUAGUUUUGAUUCAUUCUGAGAAAAUGGUUUGGUUUCCCCAUGCAGAGCUAUAACAAACCCACAUAAUCUUCACUUUUUUGGCAUUUGUGCCAUUGAUUGGCAUUUCUCAAAGAUAUAAACGGUCUUUCAAGAGAUAAAAAGGCUAUUUCCUCAAAAAUAAAUGACCCUAUAUGGUUGAUCAAAGAUCCCUCUUGAACACAAUAUUCUUGUACAUUACAUUGCUAAUUACUCAUGAUCUCUGAAGGGAAUCUUGAUGCAAUGAUGAAUCCAGAAUGUUCUGACCCGGUUCCAGACAUGCUCUUGGAGAGGAUUCAUGAGUGUCAACACACUUACCUACAUGUGUGUACAGUAUCAAUAUUAAACAUGUCAAUGGUGAUAGAGCAAGUGGAAUUCUUAGCAGGCUACAUAUUUUUGUUACCAAGAUUCUGAAAGAAGUUUCAAAACAUAAGAAUUUCAUUCCAAAACCAAUUUGCCUCUAAAAAUGUUUCUUUUCUUUUUUAUCUUUUUUACGAUUACUACAAAAUAUGUGAUUUACCUCAGUAGUAUAAUUUUAAUAUCAAAAUUUCUUAAAAGCUCAUUUAAUAUAUUCAUGCCACACCACACAUUUUAUGAAAAUCAGGUAAACUGACAGCACUUGGACCAGGUCCUUCCUGUAACCUAGAAACAUAAUAGGCCCAGGUCCUAUUUCUGUCCAUAGAAAUAUCAUUUUGAAAACUAGAAAUUUUGCUCUGUUUUUAUAGUUUGCCAAAAAAGAUACCAGGUACUCUGCAUUAACUCCCAGACAAUUAUCUGGGUGAGUUCUCUUGACCAAUAUUCACCUGACACAAUGGUAUGAAUAUGAGUUGUUGUAAGAAAGAGAAUUUGGCCAAACAGGGAUCUGACUAGCACUAUCUCCUACUCUACCGUGUUCUGAUAUAUGAGGAAGAGUGUGAGGCAAAGAAUAUUUGAAGUAAGGAUUUUUUUUUUAUUUGAAGGAUCAAAUAGUUGAAAAAACUACAUACUUGGGAAGCAAAGUUCAGUGUGUGAGGAAUGUGUUUGUAAAGAGAUGGAAAUCUCUUUGCAUCUCUACCCCAGAAUUCAUGAGCUAUUGUUGUUUACUUGGAAUUAAGAAUUAUUCCAAGGAAAGAAUUUAGAAAAAUAAAAGUACAAACUAUAAAACUGUGUGAAGAGUCACCAAAGUUUCUUUGUUAAUUUUAAAUAUUUAAUGAAAUUGUGGAUAUUAUCAAAAUGAUAGAAAAUGCAAGUUUUUAUAGUCAUAAAGAUUAGAACAAUUUUGAAAAAAAAACAAAACCAAAUUAUUUCUGUGGUCAUUAAACUUUUAGGUUACCAGGCAUUUAUUUUAGUGGUCAAAACAAGAUUUUCAUUUCCUGUUUAAAAUUACUUAAAUGCAAUUAAAGAAUAAAAAAACAUAUACUGUAAGAUCACAGAGUGGGUUAUGGUGGUUAACCCCACUCUAGCCUUGAACAGAGGUGAUGUGGGAAAGGAAGAAUGGUAGCACAAAGAACAGAGUAGAAAAACGAGGAAGGAAAGAGGAAGAGAGAGAAAUGUGAUAGCUUCUAAAGUAUCCAGGGAAGGUAGCAGGAGAAGUUGACAGAUGACUCAGAAUUAAAUCCUCCUGUGAAAGAACUCUUCCCAAACUCAAACCUCGACUCAGAAAAAAAUUAAAAAUGGACUUUGUCAUCCCGUGUCAACAAGAAAAGUGAUUUGGCAUAGUGGAUAGAGAGCUGCCUUUGGAACCAGAAAGACCUGACUUCUAGUCUUGCCUCUGACAUGCUCAUUGGCUGUGUGACUACACAAGCCACUUAACUUCUCAAGGCUCUAUGCAACUCAGACUAUAAUUUGUAGUGGUUCUGAUGUGCAUUGUAGAGGGAGUUUCCUCACAGCAGAGUUCCCAAUACCAAUGAAAUCACAGGUCCAAGCCCUCUCCCUAUCCUAUGUCUACAGACAGGAAGAUGGGUUUGUAAUUUUUAGGGAUCUUCAACUUUUGAGAAACAAAUUCUCAGCCCAUGUUCGUUAAAAAUAGACUUGAAAAUACUUACUAAUCACUGUUUCUUUCACAAGGGUGCUGGGAAGGAAUUAGAAGUUUAUUUACAUUUCUCUUCAUGUUUACAUUUUUUAAUACAACAAAGAAGACGAUGGUUUUACUUUCAUGAAUACUGGUUCUGGAUAAUUGAAAUCACAGAUUCGUGCUAAUCCUGUUUCUGUAAUAAAGUAGCAUGCCAUGUGCACUAUAUUUACUGUUAUACCAAAGCUAAUAAAACAUAUGUAAUUAAUGGUCAUGACUGAUACUUCCUUCAGCUUUCCACAUUAAGAAUUUUUUCUGGGACCCAAUAUGUGAAGACAAAAGAGUCUGCAUCCCUAAUGACUCCAUUUCAGGCUCAAUGUGAAAGGAUCCCAGCAUCACCUUAGGUCAUUUUUUUCUAUCCAGAACUUUUAAUUGUAUGUGAUACAAAUAUGAUACCAUAGUAUAGUACUAUAAUACCAAGUGCUGAAUACUCGUCGAAAGGUGAGCUGAUUUCUCAGACUUCAGUUUCCCAUUACUACCUUUCUAAAGUGAGAAAAAGGAGUAUUCCACCUCUUUCUUCCACUGGACACAUUGUCAUUGUCACUAUCAUUUUUUACCAUUUUAUUCCUUCCUCAAGGAAUUAAGAAAUUGGCCUGUUUCCUAACAAAUUAAGUAAUAAUGGUGGCAGCAGGCCCUCAAUUUUUUUUUUUUUGCCUUAAGAGGCAGGUGGGCAACUAGAACUUUGAAACUGUGGUAUGUAGUCUACUUGCUGAAAUGUUUGAAAAAUAAGUCUGGAGUUCAUUAAAAAGGUGGUUGAAGAAAUUGAUGACUAGGCCAUAGGAGGACUGAUUGAAGGAGCUAGGAGAGUUCAGCCUGAAGAAGAGAAAACUCAAGUAAAACAGGUUAUUAUCUUUAAAUACUUGAAGAACUAUAAUGUCUAAGAGGGAUUAAUUUUGUUAUUUUUCAACCCCAGAGGAUAGUGGAAGAUGCAGAGAUGCAGAUUUCAAAACAACAGAAGAAAAAAAUUCCUAAUAUUUACUGUUGUUCAGUUAGUCCAGUUGUCUGACUCUUUGUGACCCUAUUUGGAGUUCUCUUUGCAAAGAUACUGCAGUGGUUUGCCAUUUCC